AUGAAAGCUCCACAGAAGCCAGCGUCAACCACCAACCAUCGCUGCUGUCGCCAAACUCAAUACCGCGUGCAACACGUCACCCACCUGAGCAACAUGCCUCCAGCAAAGAAGCGAAAGGUAGCCGCCUCUAAGAAGGCCAAGGCAGCGCCCGAGAAGGAAGCGGCCUGUGAAUCGAUAGAUGCAGAGAUGGCACAACCCGAUGAGCCAGCGCCUAAGCCCUCGCCGGCGAUGACCAUCGAGAAAUUAGCAGCGCCCGAACCCUCACCAGAGCUGACACCAGCAGAGCCAACAGCUGAAACCUCUGCUUCCGCCCCUGCUGCUACCGCCGAAGACGCCGCCGCUAAGGCGCAGGAGCGACUGGCGCGGUUCCGGGCGCUGCAGGCGCGGGCCAAGACCUCAUCGGAACAGAACCUGAAGGAGGCGGCGCGCGAGUCGCAGCGGCUGGCGGUGGACCCCGGCAAGCUGACCGCGCUUGGACGCAAGCACGCUAUCGCGUCGCACAAGCUGCUCAAGGCCGACGUGGAGGAGGAGGGCGGCGACUUCGAGCGCAAGCGGGCGUGGGACUGGACGAUCGAAGAGACAGAGCGGUGGGACAAGCGGGUGCGCAAGAAGGAGGGGCACCGCGACGACACGGCCUUCCGGGACUACGGCCGCGAGAGCGAGAAGGCCUACAAGCGCCAGCUGCGCAACAUGGGCGACCCCGACCUCGAGCGCUACACGCGCGACAAGAUGGCAGCCAUCCAGAAGGCCGCGGCCGCUGGCACCCUCGAGAUUGUCGAGACGGACGACGGCGAGAUGAUCGCUGUCGACAAGGACGGCUCUUUCUUCAGCACCGCCGACUCCACCGACUUUGCCCAGCACAAGCCCGACAAGUCGGCCGUUGACCGCCUUGUCGCCGACAUGCGCAAGGCAGAGGAGGCCGCCCUCAAGAAGCGCGCCCAGCGCAUCGCCAAGAACGGCGACGACGGGGGCGAUGUUACGUAUAUCAACGAGAAGAACAAGCAGUUCAACCAGAAGCUCGAGCGCUUCUACAACAAAUACACGGCUGAGAUCCGGGAGAGUUUUGAGCGUGGCACCAUGGUUUAGGCGCGAGAAGGAAGAGGGCGUUUACUGGGGUUUCUUUCUUUUUUUGCAUCAUUAUCAUCAACGAGCGAUUUUUCUGGGUCGGGUCUCUCGUCCGGGUAUCGGAUUGUACAUUCUAUACAUGGGCACAGGGUGAACGGAAUACAACAGGACAGAGUUGCGUAGUGCGACAACGGUUCAAUCAUACACGUAUUAAAACACAUUUUUUG